AUGAAACAAUUAGAAUUCACAGCAGUUCAUGCAAUAUUUAAAAUAUUAUCAACAUCACUAGGACCAAAAGGAUUAGAUAAAGUGAUUGUGAAUAUACAAAAGAGUAAAACAUUUGAAAAAAAUGAAAGUCAACAACUCGAUACUGAUGAUUUGAUAAUAACAAAUGAUGGUGCAACUAUCAUGAAAUCAUUACCUAUUUCACAUCCAUUAGGUAUUAUAUUACAACAAUUAUCAAAUUCAAUUGAUGUAUGUGAUGGUACUACAUCUGGAGUUAUUUUAGCUUGUAAAUUAUUAAAAGAAUCAGAAAAACUAUUAAUCAGAAACUAUCAUCCAAAUUUAAUCAUUAAAGCAUUCACCAUAGCAUAUGAACAAUCUAAAUUAUUAUUAAACUCAAAUUCUAUUGAAUUAUCAAUAACAAAUGAUUUAUUAUCAAAUAAUUUUAAUAUUAUUAAUAAUAAUAAUAAUAGUGGUAGCGAAUAUGAAACAAUUAAAAUACUUGAACAAAUUAUAUCAACUUCAUUAUCAUCAAAAAUAUUAAAUAGCUAUGUAAAACAGUUUACAAGAUAUUGUUUUGAAGCAAUAUCAAUAAUUAAAGAGAUAGUUAAACAUAAUGAUGAUAAUGAUGAUGAUGAUGAUGAUAAUGGUUUUGAUGGUGAUAAAAUCGAUAAAAUUAGAGUAUUUGAUAAUAUUCAAUCAAAUGUAAAAUAUAUUAAAUUAUUAGGUAAUAAUAUAUCAUCAAGUAAAUUAAUUAGAGGUAUAAUAUUACCACUAAAUUUAAAUUAUUCAAAUUUAAUUUCAAUUAAUAAUAAUAAUAAUAAUAAUGAAAUUUCAUCAUCACCAUCACUAGCUUUAACUUUUAAUGUAGUUUUAAUUAAUUUUGAUAUUGGAUAUAUUGAUGAAAAUUCUUUUAAACUUAUUCAAUAUAGUAAUUUAAAUUUUAAUAAAAGAGAAAUGAUUGAAAAUGAAAAAAGACAAUUGGAAAUUAAACAGGCAAAAGAAUUUAUUGAUAAUUUAAAAAAACAAAAUACAACUUGCAAUAAUAAUAAUAAUAUUAUAAUUUUUUCAAGUAAAAGAAUAUCAUUAUCUUGUUUGAAAUUAUUACAAGAUAAUAAUAUAAAAACAAUUUUUAAUCUAGAUAAUAAUCAAUUAUUUAAUAUUCAACAAGUUACAAAUUCUUCAGUAAUUUUAAAUUCAAUUACAUCAAAUAUCACUAAAAAUAGUAGCAGUAGUGGUGGUAGUAUUUUUGGUAAUUGUAAUUUAAAUAUUUUAUUUGAAAAACAAUCAGAAUAUUACAUAGAGAUUAAAAAUAAUAAUUGUAAAAUAUGUACAUUUUUAUUAAAAGCACCUUCGAUAUUCAUUAUUGAAGAAGUUCAAAGGUCAUUAAAUGAUUCAAUUUCAAUAUUAUCAUUAAUUGUUGAAAGUAAAAAGGUUAUUGCAGGUGGUGGCUCAAAUGAAAUAAUGUUAUCGGUUGAAUUAGAAAAAUUUAUAAAGAGUGAUAAGUUUAAAGAAUUAAUGAAAAAUGAAAAACCACAAGAUAUUAUUAAAUAUAUGAAUAGUAUAAAAGCAUUUUCAAAAUCUUUAGAAAUAAUACCAAAACUAUUGAUUAGUAAUGCUGGUUUCGACUCCAUAAUAUUAUUUCAACAUUUAAAAUCAAUUCAUAAUAAUAAUAAUAAUAAUAAUAAUAAUAAUAAUAAUAAUAUUUCAAUUAAUUUAGAAAAUGGUAAAUUAUGUAAUAUGAUAGAUUUAGGAGUUAUUGAAUCAUUAAAAGGAAAAGAAAUAAUGUUAAAAAUGAUUAUUGAUACAGUUUCUAUGAUUAUUAAAAUAGAUCAAUUAAUUAAAAAUUAA